UCGAUGGGGAAAGCGGCCGCUCUGUGCCGAGGCGGCGGCUGCUACGGCCGCUUCCGCCGGCUGUCGUCGCUGUCCACCGUUGUUCCCUGCCUGUCCUGCCACACGGCGGCACCGAGCAUGAGCGCUUCCACGCCCGACUCCAGACGGGAGCCUCAGCCUCAGCCUCAGCCCCUGCCGGCGCCCGAGUGGAAGACGGUGCCAGAACAGGUGCCGGGGCCAGGUUGGGAGCCAGUGCCAAGAUCGAAGCCUGAGCCCCAGAAGACGCCUGAGCCCCAGAAGACGCUUGAGCCCCAGAAGACGCCUGAGCCCCAGAAGACGCCUUCGCUGGGGCCAAGGUACAAACCGGAAUCGGAACUGCUGCCGGGGCUGGGGCCGGAGUUAAGGCCCCGGAAAGAGUUUGGCUCAAGUGAAGGGGAAGGACACCUCACCAAGGCCUCACCUGGAAGGCCGCAGGCGCCCGGGGUGGGGAGCAUGCCCUUUACCAGACCCGAGUCAGGGUCGCAGCCCGUGUCCAAGCCCCCAGCUCUUCCGCGACCAGGACAACAGAGGGUGUCUUACGGGGUCCCAGUAGCAGGGACUGGCACUACCUCCUCCGCCCCGAAGGUCUUGCAGCCGCUGGACAGCUUCAAGGGCUGGCUCCUCAAGUGGACCAACUACCUGAAGGGCUACCAGCGUCGCUGGUUCGUGCUCAGCAACGGCCUGCUGUCGUACUACAGAAAUCAGGGUGAAAUGGCCCACACCUGCCGUGGCACCAUCAGCCUGUCCACCGCGCACUUUGACAGCGAGGAUUAUUGCGGUAUUAUGCUGACCAGUGGGGCAAAGACCUACCACCUCAAGGCCGGCUCGGAGGUGGAGCGGCAGCAGUGGAUCACCGCCCUGGAGCUGGCCAAGGCCAAGGCCGCCCACAUGAUGAGGAGCCAUUCAGAUGACUCUGGGGACGACGACGACGAGACUACCUCCCCAACUGACAAGAGCGAGCUCCAGAGCACCAUCAAGAACCUCUCCCUGAAGCUAGAUGACCUCAGCACGUGCCACGACCUCCUCGCCAAGCACGGCGCCGCGCUGCAGCGCUCCCUGAACGAGCUGGACGGCCUCCGGAUCCCCUACGACAGCAGCGAGAAGCUGAAGGCUGUGAACGAGCGGGCCACCCUCUUCCGCAUCACAUCCAAUGCUAUGAUCAACGCCUGCAGGGACUUUCUGGCACUAGCAGAGACACACAGCCGGAAAUGGCAGCGGGCGCUGCAGUAUGAGCAGGAGCAGCGCGUCCACCUGGAGGAGACCAUCGAGCAGCUGGCCAAGCAGCACAACAGCCUCGAGCGGGCCUUCCGCAACAGCCUGUCUGGCCGGGCCCCCGACCCCAGCAAGAGCUUCAACCAGGGAGGCCUCUUGACUUCCAAGGGAGAGGACAGCGAGGAAGAUGAGGAUACGGAGUAUUUCGACGCCAUGGAAGACUCCACCGCCUUCAUCACUGUGAUCUCCGAGGCCAAGGAGGACAGAAAAACCGAGGGUGGGACCACAGGCUCUGCGGACUGGACCCCGGCGGACAAUGUCCUGGAUGUCGCUUCACUCAUGCCCAAGAGCCCCCCCAAAGUCAAGAGGCGUGCCCGCAUCCCCGACAAGCCCAACUACAGCCUUAAUCUCUGGAGCAUCAUGAAGAACUGCAUCGGCCGGGAGCUCUCCAAGAUCCCCAUGCCGGUCAACUUCAACGAGCCCCUGUCCAUGCUCCAGCGGCUGACGGAGGACCUGGAGUACCACUACCUGCUGGACAAGGCGGUGCACUGCACCAGCUCGGUGGAGCAGAUGUGCCUGGUGGCCGCCUUCUCCGUGUCCUCCUACUCCACCACCGUGCACCGCAUCGCCAAGCCUUUCAACCCCAUGCUCGGGGAGACCUUCGAGCUGGACCGCCUCGAGGACAUGGGCCUGCGCUCGCUCUGCGAGCAGGUGAGCCACCACCCUCCAUCAGCCGCGCACCAUGUGUUCUCCAAGAAUGGCUGGAGCCUCUGGCAGGAGAUCACCAUCUCCAGCAAGUUCCGGGGGAAGUACCUCUCCAUCAUGCCGCUAGGUGCCAUCCACUUGGAAUUUCAGGCCAGUGGGAAUCACUACGUGUGGAGGAAAAGCACCUCAACUGUGCAUAACAUCAUUGUGGGCAAGCUCUGGAUCGACCAGUCGGGGGACAUUGAGAUUGUGAACUAUAAGACCAAGGACCGGUGCCAGCUGAAGUUCCUGCCCUACAGCUACUUCUCCAAAGAGGCGGCCCGGAAGGUGACGGGCGUGGUGAGUGAUGACCAGGGCAAGGCCCACUACGUGCUGUCCGGCUCGUGGGAUGAGCAGAUGGAGUUCGCCAAGAUCGUGCAGAGCAGCUCCAGCAGCCCCAGCAUGGACGGCAAGCACAAGACCGUGUACCAGACGCUGCCGGCCAAGCUGCUGUGGAAGAAGUACCCGCUGCCGGAGAACGCCGAGAACAUGUACUACUUCUCGGAGCUGGCCCUGACCCUCAACGAGCACGAGGAGGGCGUGGCGCCCACGGACAGCCGGCUGCGGCCCGACCAGCGGCUGAUGGAGAAGGGGCACUGGGACGAGGCCAACACGGAGAAGCAGCGGCUGGAGGAGAAGCAGCGCCUGUCGCGGCGCCGGCGGGCCGAGGCCUGCUCCCGGGGCUGCAGCAUGGAGGACGCAGAGAAGGAGACGGAGGUGCACACGCCGCUGUGGUUCGAGAAGAGGCUGGACCCGCUGACCGGGGAGACGGCCUGCAUGUACAAGGGCGGCUACUGGGAGGCCAAGGAGAAGCAGGACUGGCACAUGUGCCCCAACAUCUUCUGAAGCCGCCCUCCCCCAACACAGGCUCCGGCCUGGCCCACCUCUUCCGAAUGCACUCAAUGUAGUACUUACGGCCCCUCC